AUGCUUCUUUCUGUUAAUUCAACUAUGGUGUGCCAAAUUAUUUGUGGUGUUGUUGUGAAACAUUUUCCUGACAUUCAAUUGUGCCUGUUUUGUUUGAUUGUAGACUUCCUGCAUAAAGGAAGUUGUAAAAAAUUGUAUUUAAGACAAGUAAAAAAUGGUGCUCCACUUGCUACUGGCCGGUUCAUCAAAAGAAAUGGUCUGAAGUUAUUCAUAGCCUCCAACAUGAUAUAUGAUGAUAUCCUACUUGUGAUGGAUGACCAAUUUAUAAUUAAACGAUGUAGUUCAUCGUUGUUCAGUUCAGAAAAGAGGCUUCAACAUAACCCAUCAACUGAUCUCUUUAGUAAGUUAUCCCUAAGAUCUGGAGACAAGCCAACAAUGUUAAGCAAGGGUUCAAAAGAAAAUAUAGAAACUUCUUUUCAUCUGACCCAAAAGGUAAAACCUUUUAUAUUUGGAAAAAAGAAAAUUUGUAGUUGGAAUGAUGGUUGCAUUAACGAAGUUGGUACACUAUUCAAUGUAAGACUUUGGUUAAGCAGACCAAGAUUUUCCAAGCUAAUUUGA